AUGUCGAUAGAUGGAAGCAGGAUGGUCCGAGCCUUGAUGAUCUGCCUGCUGGACAUGAGGAGUGUUUUGCUAAACUCCCCUAAAAAAGGAAGGCUGAUGUCAAGUCUUCGAGAGCUCAAGCCUGAUGAGUUUGGAGAUCGUGAUAUGCUCAGUAAAGUAGUCCGUGCACGAUCUAGCUCACUUGUUGAGAGGCAAAGAGAUGCGGAUGCUCCUUUUCGAAAUUCGAGUCGUUUGUACCAGUCGAAGAUUGAAAGUCGAUCUGGGCAGUCUGCUCAUCCAUCCAACCAUCAUGUUUCAACUGUUGAGUCAUGA